AUGACAGACGCAACCACCGCAACCUACACCCCCCUCCCAACCCCAACCUCAAUCCGCAUCCUCGUCCUCGCCCCCGCCCUUCCCUCCUCCCCCGAAAUCAACUGCUACCUCCUCCCCUCCGACCUAAACUCCGACCACAACCUCUUCCCAGAAACCAACCCCCGCCCUAUCAAAUCCCUCUCAGUCAUGUACACAAGCCCCCCCCUCCCCGGAAAACCCAACGAGUUCAUCGUCUGGACCGACACCACCCCAACUCAACCCAGAAAAAUGCACCCCUUCCAGCGGUACUCCGCCCUCUCCUACGUCUGGGGUGACCCGUCAGAUCCAGUCUACAUAAAUCUAGACGGGAGACAAGUCCCGGUCACGAGGAACUUAUACGCUGCUUUGAGGGCGGUGAGGAAGUUGCAUGCGGGGAAAAGGUUGUGGGUUGACGCGUUGUGUAUUGACCAAAGUGAUUGCGAGGAGAAGAGGGUGCAGAUUGGGUUGAUGAGGAGGGUUUAUGAGCAGGCGAAGAGGGUGAUUGCGUUUGUGCCGCUAGAAAAGGGGGAUGGGGGGAGGGUGGUGGAGUUGGUGGGGAGGGUUUGCAGGGCGGAGAGGUUGUUGAGGGCGGAGAUGGAGGGGGGGGAUAGUCAGGAUGAUGAGGAUGAUGAGGAUGGCGAUGAUGGUGAGGAUGGCGAUGAUGGUGAGAAUGGUGAGGAUGGCGAGGAUGGCGAGGAUGGCGAGGACCAUACUUUUAAGGUCGUUCCCCAAACAGACGACCUGGAACUGCAACUCCAACAACUCGGCAUUGCCGACCCAGGCCCUACCAAGUUCCUUGAAAGAUUUGGACUGCCGACCGUCGAUAGUCCUCUCUGGGUGUCAUGGCGCCGGUUUUUUGCAUCUCCGUACUUUCAGAGGAUUUGGAUUCUGCAAGAGUUCCUCUCCGCCAAGAAGGUCAGGUUCCAUUUUGGGGACGCGCGUUUGGAUGCAAGUGCUGUUAUCGUUGCAUGCUACGCUAUCAGGGAGUAUAGCGAAGUUGACAACCGCGCAUACAUGCAGCGUCGAGGGGAGGAAUUGGCUGACAGUGGUCAGCCCCACAGAGGGCUGAAGCGGGCCUGGCUGAUGUUUGAGAAGAGGGUGAUAUGGAAGAAGUGCCCGGCUGCUUUGGCCGAGCUCAUCGUUCUGGCCGGCCAAUUCUUCAUGGCGACAGAUCUCCGCGAUAAGGUGUAUGCGUUGAUCGGUUUGGCAAAAGAUGGGCAAGAGUAUAUGGGACAUGUUAGCUACGAGCCGAGUGAGACCCAUAUCAAGGUCUUCACGAGGUUUGCCCGCUUGUUGAUUGAGAAAGGGUACGCUGAAGAACUGCUUCGCUGCUCUGGGAUAUCUGGUUCUGCGGACCGGGAUCCUGAAUUGCCCACAUGGGUUCCGAACUGGGCCGACACAUCGCCUUCAGUUAACCCAGGAGCACGCAUGGUCUUCACAGCUCAAGCAGGACCUGCAAGAACAGCCAGUAUGCGUGUCCUCGACGAUACCAAACUCUGUGCACGAGGUGUUGUAGUGGAUACGAUCAAAGCAACCAGCGAGCGAAUGUUUCCAGUUUCCCCUUCACAGGACUGGAUGGACUGGAUUGUCGCUACUGUCAAGGCAACCAUUAUGAUUAGGGAUACUUUGCCAGAAGUAAAUCCAAUGGAAAUAAUUUUUGAGUUGUUCAUUCGGAAAAGGUCGCUGGCUUUCGACACGGACGACUUGCCGCGUCUGAAGAAGGGCUUCGAGGUGUUCCUCGGCCAACUCUCGUCCCUCUCCAGAGCAUUGCCCAUGAGGGAUAAGCUGGGGGGAGGAGAGACAGUUAUUAUGCCGCGUCUGGAGCCGCUUCGGGCAUUCUUCUUCUUCAGGGACAGAUCGAACAGGGCGACAGCGGGGACGCGGUUUUGCAUAACUGAAGAAGGGUUUUGUGGGGUAGCCCCCGAGAAGGUUAUUGUUGGUGAUCAGGUGGUCGUGCUGGAUGGCAAUGCUACUGCGUUGAUCGUCCGGGACAGUGGGAAAGGCGAGGGAAGUUAUGUGCUAGUUGGGGGCGCAUAUUUUCAUGGGCUUGGCGAGCUUGACAGACUAAGCACUGAGCCAUCGCGAGAUAUCGUCCUAGUCUAG